GUGGAGAACUCUAUAAGGCACACUUUCAGUUUAUCAAAUUCCCAAACUGAAUUGAUUGCAUCUAACAAGGUAGGAUUGCUUUCAUUAGGUAAAGAGGGUGAAGAUAGUCCCAGUGCAACAACGGCUAUAAAAGAGAGGGCUGUGUAUUUCUCAAACAGUAUACAGUGCAUAAAAUGCGCGGCAUGUGGAGCUCGGUAUUGACUCUAUGGUUAAUCGGUGGUGCGAUCUCCACUUCCGAAAUCACGUUACCUUUAUCCGUGAAAUUCGGCCAUGGCUUGGUAACUUUCUCAGAAGAAACUAACGGGGUGUUUUACACAAUCUCCGAAGAAGAUAAGCCAACGAUCAGGAGUACCUUUGUCACGGAUGAAUCGUCUUGGGCGAAGAGUGAUCAAGAAUAUUCGGUAACUGACUGCACGACGGACGAGGAAGCCUGUCUCAUAUUCGUCGUGAAUGACGUGACUCUGGUUCUAACAAGAGAAGUCAGCUCUCGAGUUGGGUACACACACGCAAGUUUAAAUGCCACCAGCGACAACACCACGGUUGGAACUUGUCUGGAACUUGUCGAUGGGGUAGAUUGGUUCGGUGGACCAGAACAGUGGACACAAAUUUGGCCCGUUCAAAAUGACCAGUGGAACUACACCGCCUACUAUACGAAAGAGGACGAUGCAGUCGCGAUAGCAGAACCGUACUGGGUCAGCAGUGAGGGAACGUAUCUCUACGCGAAUCCGGCGACAUCUCUGUUCAUAGAUCAAAACCACCUUCACGACGGAUUCCUUUGCUUGUACGCACAGAACGUGAGCCCGUACAGAGCGCGGAAUUACACCAGCCUUGAGUAUUGGAUUGGUAGAUACGAUGAUCCGAAAACUGCCCACGAAGCUGCAGUGGAGAAAUUUUUUACGAAGCCAACUGACAUCCCAGAUGAACAGAUGAUCGCCUUACCGAUCUGGUCGACUUGGGCGAGGUACAAGGUUAACGUGAACGACAGCAUCGUUCGUGAAUACGCCCAGGAAAUUCUCGACAACGGGUUCAAUCACAGUCAGGUGGAGAUAGACGACUACUGGGAAACGUGCUACGGCAGUUUAACUUUCAAUACGAGCGACAGUAAGUUUCCGGACAUCAAGAACUUGACCGAUGAUCUCCACGAUCUUGGAUUCAGAGUAACCCUCUGGAUCCACCCGUUCAUAAACGUCGAGUGUGACGAGUGGUACGCCAUCGCCGAGAGUGCCGGGUACUUCGUUAAGGACGAGAGUGGAAAUAUGCUGACCACCUGGUGGCGGGGGGAAAACGCAUCCCUCAUAGACUUCACCAACGAAGAUGCUGUGACAUGGUUCAGCGCGAGAUUGACUGCGCUGAAGGAAAGUGCCGGUAUUGACUCGUUCAAAUUCGAUGCGGGCGAGGCGUCCUGGGCCCCGGAACCAGCGGUCCUCACAGGCAACGUCGAAGAGUCACCCGGGAUCCUGACAUACCAGUACACAAGAGCCGUAGCGGCGUUUGGAACCGCAAUCGAGGUGCGUACGGGAUGGCAGACUCAGGACCUUCCAAUCUUCGUCAGAAUGCUGGACAAGGAGACUUCCUGGACCAUAGACAACGGCUUGCCGACACUGAUCACGACUUUACUGGCCAUGAACCUGGCCGGCUACGGGUUCGUACUUCCAGACAUGGUGGGUGGCAACGGUUACAUCAACAGCUCCAGCACCCUGACCGAGUACCCGAGCAAGGAACUGUUCAUCAGGUGGCUGCAGGCCAACACAUUCAUGCCCUCGAUCCAGUACUCUUUUGUUCCCUGGGACUACGACAACGAAACUGUCGAGAUUUGUCGCACGUACACCGACCUCCACGAGGAGUAUGCUCCGACAAUAAUCGAGGCAAUGAACGCCCUCGUGGCCAAUGGGACCCCCGUCAAUCCUCCGGUUUGGUGGCUCGAUCCAAAAAACAGUGAAGCCUUCAACAUUUCCGACGAGUACCUCCUGGGUGAAGUAAUUCUGGUGGCUCCAGUCAUCGAAGAGGGUGCCGUGACCAGAGACAUCUUUUUGCCCAGCGGUACUUGGCGCGACGCUUCCUACAGUCCGUAUCAAACUUACGAGGGUCCAACCUGGAUCUAUAACUACCCAGCACCCUUGGAGAUCUUACCCUAUUUCGUAGAAGCAAGUUAUUGGGAAGAGUUGGGUAAGGACACCACCAGUGAAACCACCAGUGAUGGAUUCACUCUCUCGUUCAGUCCAACAGUCCUUUGCGCAUCCGUGAUCUUGGCACUAACCACAAAACUUUUCAACUAAUAAUCAACGGCAUUCAGGUACAAUGAUCACAUUCCCAUUACACAAUAAUCAGAUUUCGCUGAGACCGUCCAGAGUUGCGACUCUAUCAUAAAUGUUCAAAUAAUUCGUCACAUCGGUAUAUCAACUCCUGUGUAAAUAUUGUAACUCAUGAUCAGUUAUCAACCGUCAAUAAAAUAUCACCAGUUUUAUCGAUA